AAUACCACACGAAAGGAACAGGAAACACAAAAACUAAAGUUAGGCGUUGUCAUUCUUUGAAUCUGUAAGAGAGAAGAAGAAGAAGAAGAAGAAGAGAGUCAAUUUGUGUGUUUCUCAUUAGGAGAAGAGAGAGAGAAAGAAGAAGACUUUGACUCGUCUUCUUCCCCUCUCUCUAUCACUACAUCUGUUUCAUUCACACCGUAUGAUGACUUUUCCCUUUGAUUUAUAAACAUAUAUCCCUUUUGCUUCUACUGAUUAUAGCCAUUAAGUAUUCCUCUUGAGGAGUUCUGAGAUUUGAUUAGAUGGGGAACUGUUGUGGCAGUCCGAGUUCGGCUACAAUAGAGAGUAAUCAUGGCAAACCCAAGAACAAAAACAACCCCUUUCAAAGCAACGAGUACACAACAGCAAACGGAUCUGGAGCUGGCUUCAAGCUCUCUGUGCUGAAAGAUCCAACAGGACACGACAUAUCUUCUCAGUAUGAUCUUGGACGCGAGGUUGGUCGAGGGGAGUUUGGUGUGACUUACUUGUGUACCGACAUCCAAACGGGCGAAAAGUACGCUUGCAAGUCCAUAUCGAAGAAGAAGCUGAGAACAGCGGUGGAUAUAGGGGAUGUGAGGAGGGAGGUUGAGAUAAUGAGACAUAUGCCUAAACAUCCAAACAUUGUCUCUUUGAAGGAUUCCUUUGAGGAUGAUGACGCGGUUCAUAUAGUCAUGGAGUUGUGUGAAGGAGGGGAGCUGUUUGAUCGGAUUGUCGCGAGAGGACAUUACACUGAGAGGGCUGCUGCUGCGGUUAUGAAGACUAUUGUUGAAGUUGUUCAGAUAUGUCAUAAGCAGGGAGUGAUGCAUAGGGAUCUUAAGCCAGAGAACUUUCUUUUUGCUAAUAAGAAAGAGACUUCACCUCUUAAGGCUAUUGAUUUUGGAUUAUCCGUCUUCUUUAAACCAGGUGAGCAGUUUAAUGAGAUUGUUGGAAGUCCUUAUUACAUGGCACCCGAGGUGCUGCGACGUAACUAUGGACCUGAGAUCGAUGUCUGGAGCGCAGGAGUCAUCCUCUAUAUCCUUCUUUGCGGCGUCCCUCCCUUUUGGGCAGAGACUGAACAAGGGGUGGCUCAAGCGAUCAUUAAGUCUGUAAUUGACUUUAAGAGAGAUCCAUGGCCAAGAGUAUCCGAAAGCGCCAAGGACCUUGUGAGAAAGAUGCUUGAACCUGAUCCAAAGAAACGGCUUUCUGCUGCGGAAGUACUCGAACAUACUUGGAUACUGAAUGCAAAGAAGGCUCCGAAUGUGUCUCUUGGGGAGACUGUGAAAGCAAGGCUGAAGCAGUUUUCUGUUAUGAACAAGCUCAAGAAACGAGCUCUAAGAGUGAUAGCUGAACACUUGUCAGUGGAGGAAGCAGCUGGGAUAAAGGAAGCAUUUGAAAUGAUGGACGUUAACAAGAGAGGCAAGAUAAACCUCGAGGAGCUUAAGUACGGACUUCAGAAAGCUGGACAGCAGAUCGCUGAUGCCGAUCUUCAGAUUCUUAUGGAAGCUACUGAUGUUGAUGGGGAUGGGACACUGAACUAUGGAGAGUUUGUGGCUGUAUCAGUGCACUUGAAGAAGAUGGCGAACGAUGAACACUUGCAUAAAGCUUUUAACUUCUUUGAUCAGAACCAGAGUGGUUACAUAGAGACCGAAGAGCUUCGUGAGGCUUUGAAUGAUGAAUUGGAUGAAACUAGCAGUGAGGAAGUCAUCGCUGCCAUCAUGCAAGAUGUUGAUACUGACAAGGACGGGCGAAUAAGCUAUGACGAGUUUGCAGCGAUGAUGAAAGCUGGAACAGACUGGAGAAAAGCGUCACGGCAGUAUUCGAGGGAAAGAUUCAACAGUUUGAGCCUCAAGUUAAUGAGAGAUGGUUCUUUGCAACUAGCAGGUGAGGCUUAACCAGUAAUGCAAAGUUUGGAUCUUUUGAGUUGCCACGGUGUAGAAGAAGAAGCAUCAGAAGUAUUGAUAUUGGUUUUUUUUUCUUUUUUGUUUUCAUUCUCACGUGUCUUAGAUUUAGAGUUUCAAUUGUUUGAAGUUGUUCAUUGGAUGAUUGAUAGGGCCAUGUGAUAUCGACAAGUUUCUGAGUU